CUCAGACACAGCUUUAGGUUUCACAGCUGGGAAAUGGGCCCGAUUGAUUAUUUAUUGUUUGUUUCGUAAGAAAACCAAAAAAAGGGUUUUUAAAGUUGGACGAGGUUCCCAACUUUUUCACCACUGGCUCCUCUGUGAUUGAUUCCAUUCCCGUCUAAAAUAUCUCAGAUCUCAGAUUUCAGAUCUCUCAGUUCAACUUUCUCAUUCAUCACAGAUCAUAGUGUACGAAGAUGGCGGCUAUGGCGGCGAAGCUUCAUAUAUCGACGAAAUCGGAUCAGAGCAAUGUGCGAUUGCCUAGACUGAUCAACCUGUCGCGUGAUCCAACCGCUAGAGUCUUGUUUCCACGAAACGGAUCAGUUUCUUCGCUCCACACCAACUUCUCUUCUCCAAAUAUAAUGGUUCCAUGCGCCGGAGGUGGUGGUGGUGGAAGCAUCGGUAAUCACGGCGGUGGAAGUGGAAGCGGAGGAGGUGGUGGUGGUUAUGGAGGUUCAGAAGAAGAAGAAUCGUCUCCAUGGGGACCAUUAGGGUUAUUUAUCCAAGGAUGGAGAUCACGAGUUGCAGCUGAUUCUCAAUUCCCUUUCAAGGUACUAAUGGAAAUGCUUGUUGGUGUUAGCGCCAAUGUACUUGGCGACAUGGCUUCACGCCCUAAUUUCGGAUUGAACGAGCUAGAUUUCGUCUUCUCCACUCUCGUUGUAGGUUCGAUUCUCAAUUUCACACUCAUGUACCUCUUAGCUCCUUCUGCAAUAUCUCAUGGAUCCUCCAAUUUGUUGCCUGGAAUCUUUAGAAGCUGUCCUUCGAGCCAUAUGUUUGAACAGGGUAACUUCACCCUUAUGAACCGUUUUGGGACUCUUGUGUACAAAGGAAUGGUUUUUGCUACCGUGGGAUUAGCUGCAGGUCUUGUUGGAACCGCUAUCUCUAACGGGUUGAUCAUGCUGAGGAAAAAGAUUGAUCCGAGCUUCGAAACGCCGAACAAACCACCACCUACGCUGCUGAAUUCUUUAACUUGGGCAACGCAUAUGGGAGUGAGCGCCAAUGUGAGGUACCAAACGUUGAAUGGGGCUGAAUUCUUGCUGGAAAAGUCAUUGCCGCCAUUGGUGUUUAAAACAAGUGUGAUUGCUUUGAGGGUUGUGAACAAUGUUUUGGGAGGAAUGUCGUUUGUUACAUUGGCGAGGAUGACUGGAUCACAGUCGGUGGAGGAGGAGAAGAAGAUAGAGAUGUCAGAGAUAUCAGAGAAGGAGAAAGAGGAUUGAAUCUCUUAGAGAGUUUCUUUUUUUGUUCCUAUGUUGUUUCUGUUGUUCAUAGGUAGAAGGCACAAGAGGCAUCACUUCUUGAGUUGAAACCUUUUUACACGUUCUUACAAAAGCAAAAGACAUUUGUUCUGGUGUGUGUCCAUCCUAGUACUCCUAUGUCAUUGGUAGGGUCAAAUUUGUUGUUUUCUGUAUCAACAUAACCAAUAAAAUAAAUCCAAUCACAAGUUCUGAUUCAGAAAUGAAGAUUGAAUGAUUUAC